AUGCGGACCGCGGAAGGCGCCGCGAGUUUGCUCGGGAUGACCAAAGAUAUCCUGAUGGAAAGGAAAAGACGACAAAAAGAGGAAGUUUUGGUGGUGGCUUCGCCGGAGGGAAAAACGACGAACGCGGAUGAUGCUACCACCACCGGAGAAGAAAUUAAGGAAGAAGAAGGAGGAGAAGGAGAAGAAGGAGGAGAAGAGAAGAAAGAUGAUGAAUCCCGGUUGGAUUGGAAACCGCCGCAUGGAAGGAAGCGGAUUAAACUCGGCGACGACCAAACGCUCGAGAUGCCGUAUAAGUACGAUUUUUUAAAGUACGAUUUGAAUUUACCGGGUUUGAGAGAGCUCGCGUUGCCGGAGAUUAUGCGGAAUAACGCUGGGCACAUAGAUUAUAGGACGAUUUCGCACCAGAGAGUUUUGACGUUGUUUCAGUUGUUGCACAAUUCAGAGUUGGCGGAGAUUCCGUGCGGAGAAGAGUUAGCGAAGAAGAGAGAGGUGGAUAGGGAGUUUGCGCUGGCGAAUAACGUGAAACGGAGAAAGCGGAAGAUUGAACCGGAAGAACCGGAUACUAAAAAACGACUGGCUGCUGGAAGAGGAGGAGGUGGCGGAGGAAGAGGAGGAGGAGGAAGAGGAAGAGGCCCGACGUUCGAGAGAGAUCCGCAGGAUGAGUUACGAAAAGGUAUUCCGCGGAACAUUUUGAAAAUGACCGCGGCUGGAGUUGUUCGGGGUGGCGAUGGUGAGGAGAAUACCGAAACUGCAGAAGAUCGUCUUUUAACAAAGUUUACCCCGGUAACGGUCCAAGAAGCAGCCGCGCGAUCCAACGCGCCUUUAGUGCCAGUAGAAGCGUAUUGGAUCGAAAAAUUCGCGAAAGUUGAACAGGAAGAAAUUCGACGAUUGCCCUCCAAAGAAGAGCGCGAGUUACAACGCUCGCAAUCAACGCUACGUAGACACGGCAUACGCGACGAGUUACACCGACGACGCGAAGAGCAAACGUUUGAGUUUGCUCAGUACGCGACGAAGUUUCAACCGACGGAGGAGAAACGGAAGGAAACGAACAUUGAGCAGUUGUGGCGACGGAUCGCCAUCAUUGAAGUUCCAGGAACGAAAAAUAUUGCAAUGUUACGGAACGACGUGGAACUGCGACGCGCGCGUUUAUUAGCGCACAUGUGUGCGGUAGAAGUUAGGAAAAGAAACGCACUUCGCAAACGAUUGAUGAAAAUCACCCCGAACGCAAACUUACGAAAACUCUCGUUUGUGGUUUCCUCGUUUUGGAGAGCGGCAGAACGGCACGCGGAAGACCACAUAAAGAAUACGAAAAUACGAGAACGACAGGAGAAACAACGAUUAGAGCAAGAGCAGGAGGCGAAAAUGCAAGAGCACCGGUUGCAAUUUUUGUUAAACCAGUCCGAAUUAUACGCACACUUUGUCACGAAGAAAACCACCGAGGACGAAGAAGAGGUGAUUCGAGAGAAGAGCGAACAAGCCAUCGCAAAAGCCGUGGCUGAGAAUCCAAAUUCAGUGUUAUCCGAAGAAGAGAGGAAGAAAGUCGCCGAGGAAGCGAAACAAUCCGCUCUGGAGGAAAUGCGAAAAACGAAAUCGAAAAUGGACGAGUUUGACCAAUCCACGAAAGAAGCGCGAGAUAAGAACAAAGUCGGAGAAGAAGCAGACUUUAAAGCGAUGGAUGUGGAUAAAAUCGAACAACCGAAAAUGCUCAACGCGACGUUGAAACAGUACCAAUUGGAAGGCUUAAGAUGGAUCGCGAAUUUAUACAACAACGGCAUCAACGGUAUCUUAGCUGAUGAGAUGGGUUUGGGUAAAACCGUUCAAAGCAUCGCGUUGUUGGCGCACUUGGCGGAGAACAAAAAUUUGUGGGGGCCAUUUCUCGUUGCCGCGCCGACGUCGACGUUACCGAACUGGUGUGCCGAACUGAAAAAGUUCAUUCCAGAUUUCAACGUCAUUCCGUAUUGGGGUUCGCAAGAUGAACGGAAAACCUUACGGCAAGCGAUUGGCGGGAACGAGCAAAGCACGAGAGACGCCGCCUGUCACGUCUUUGUCACGAGUUACGAUUUAUUGUUGAAAGACGAAAAAUAUUUGAAUAGGAUUAAGUGGCAAUAUAUGGUUUUAGACGAAGCCCAGGCGAUUAAGAACAGUUCGAGUUUACGCUGGAAAUCGUUGUUGGGUUUCAAAUGUAGAAAUCGUUUGUUGCUUACCGGUACGCCGGUGCAAAACACGAUGCAAGAACUUUGGGCGCUGUUGCACUUCAUCAUGCCGACGUUGUUUGAUUCGCACGAACAGUUUGCAGAAUGGUUCUCGAAAGGAGUCGAAGGCUCCGUGACGGAUGGUAAAGAGUUGAACGAACAACAGUUGGCUAGAUUACACGCCGUGUUAAAACCGUUCAUGUUGAGACGUUUAAAAACGGAUGUUUUAGGCGAAAUGGCCGCGAAGGAGGAACACGUAAUCAGAUGCGGAAUGAGUCGUCGACAAAAAGAGAUGUAUAGGAGUAUUAAAAAAUCCGUCGCGUUCGAUCAAAUCAACGAGGGCGAUUACAAUCCUCUCGGUACGAUCAUUCAGCUCAGAAAAGUGUGCUCGCACCCGGAUUUGUUCGAGGAGCGAUCCAACUCGGAACCGUUUGCGUUUUCGCGAUUAGGCGGCGCGCCGGGAUGUUACGUAGGAAGUACAUCAUCAAUUUCUGGAGAUGCAAAUGGCGCAGAUGGCAGUGACCCUAAAACGACGGAGAAGAUCGGUAUGGGCGGUGUGCGUAUGAACAUCAAUGCGUUCCUGAAAACUGCCGAACCGCUCGUGGACGUGCGCGCGUGGAGAAGUGAAAUCGAAGUCGCGCUGCCGAAACUGGCGUUUAGAGAUUUUGGCAUUUUGUUUUCCAGUAAGGAGAAACUGUUGAGAAAUGAUUUUAACGUCGUGACGAAUGCGUCCAUGAGACUCUUGCGAAUGCACAACACGUGUUCCGAGUGGGCCCAAGCCGUGUUUGAAAGAGACGAGGACGCGUUGACAGCGAAAUUCGUCACCGCCAACGGCGGCGGCGAACACCGAUCGUCUUUUUACGAAACAGAAGGUCUGAAAGCGCUGCACUUUGACGAACACUCUUCUUCAAGAAGGAAAACAAACAGAAGGAUGUUGAACGUGUGCGGCGUAGGAAGUGCGAAGGACUUCAACGAUAAGCGCGCACAACACCAUCAAGAACACGGCGCUGCAAAAUGUUACGUUCUCGAGGACCUCGUCAAAGAUACGGUGCCUUUUAUUCGCGCGGUCAAUCGCGCGUACCAACCGAGAGUCUUGUCAAAACCACCAAACGAGUACUGUUCUGAUUCUUCGCACUACUCGAUGAAAAGCAAUCAAACCCGAAUGUCUGAUUACAUUCGGUGGGCGCUAUGGGAGUCCACGUCGCCGAUGGAACUCACCGGAAGACACCAAAAAUGGAAAUCUUCCCUGAGUAGCAGUUACGCUUCUGUCUUUCCUUCGUCUUCGGUCGCGGCGAGCGAAUACGAGAGAAGGAAUCUCGUGAUCAACUCUUCCGCGAACAACGUGAUGUUGAACAAGGUUCAAAAACUCACGCACCGCACCGACCGAGUCUCGUUGUUAGACGAAACGAUGCACAUCCACGGGGACUCUUUAUCAGAAUUACCGAACCCGGGGUACGAUUUAGCGUUGGCCAUGGCGGAUUCCGGGAAACUGGCCGCCUUGGACAAACUUUUAUUCGAAAAGAAAGCGCAAGGGUCUCGAGUAUUAAUUUUCGCGCAAAUGACAACCAUGCUUGAUUUACUAGAAACCUAUUUGCGAGCCAGGCAACACAAGUUCGUUCGUUUAGACGGUUCAACGAAAGUUUCCGAUCGCGCCGCGGUGGUGUCUGGAUUUCAAUCCGACGAGUCCAUCUUCGUCUUUAUGCUUUCAACUCGCGCCGGUGGAUUAGGUAUCAACUUAACCGCCGCGGAUACGGUUGUAUUCUUCGAAUCUGAUUGGAAUCCAACGGUCGAUCAACAGGCCAUGGACCGUGCGCACAGAUUGGGACAAACGAGAACCGUUCACGUUUACCGUUUGAUUUGUCGCAACACGGUUGAAGAAUACAUCGCGAAAACCGCCAAGGAAAAAGAGCAAGUGACCGAUUUAGUCUUGAAAGGGUCCAACAAGAAGAAGGAAGAAGAAAGCCUCGAACGCGUAAAAUCUUUCGACGAAAUCAACGACGCGCAAACGACAGAAAUCUCCAAAGCGGAGGCUUUAAAAAUGUUAUUGGACGACGCGGGCGAGGAGGAAGAACACACGAAAGAGCGAAGAGUGAGAAUGGAAGUCAAGAUCCAAAAAGCCGUGGAAAUCAUUCGAGCGAAGAAAGGAGGACGAGGAGGGGAAGUAAAAGCGGCAGGAGCGGAAGCUGCAACAUAA